CUGAGCGAGGCCCCGCAGGGCGCCCCCCGCCGCUGAGGAUGAGUCACUGCAGCAGCCGCGCCCUGACCCUGCUGAGCAGCGUGUUUGGUGCAUGUGGCCUGCUACUCGUGGGCAUCGCGGUCAGCACUGAUUACUGGCUGUACAUGGAGGAGGGAACGGUGCUGCCGCAGAACCAGACCACGGAGGUCAAGAUGGCACUGCAUGCCGGCCUCUGGCGAGUCUGCUUCUUCGCAGGCCGGGAGAAGGGUCGCUGUGUGGCCUCGGAGUAUUUCCUUGAACCGGAGAUCAACUUGGUGACGGAGAACACGGAGAAUAUUCUGAAGACGGUGCGCACGGCCACCCCGUUCCCCAUGGUCAGUCUCUUCCUAGUGUUCACGGCCUUCGUCAUCAGCAACAUCGGCCACAUCCGCCCACAGAGGACCAUUCUGGCUUUCGUUUCUGGCAUCUUCUUCAUUCUCUCGGGCCUCUCCUUGGUGGUGGGCUUGGUUCUCUACAUUUCCAGCAUCAAUGACGAGGUCAUGAACAGGCCCAGCAGCUCUGAGCAGUAUUUCCACUAUCGCUACGGGUGGUCUUUUGCCUUCGCUGCUUCCUCCUUCCUACUCAAAGAGGGGGCUGGCGUGAUGUCCGUGUACUUGUUCACCAAGCGCUACGCAGAGGAGGAGAUGUACCGUCCGCACCCGGCCUUCUACCGCCCGCGUCUCAGCGACUGCUCCGACUACUCGGGCCAGUUUCUGCAGCCCGAGGCGUGGCGCCGCGGCCGCAGCCCCUCCGACAUCUCCAGCGACGUCUCCAUCCAGAUGACGCAGAACUACCCUCCCGCCAUCAAGUACCCGGACCACCUGCACAUCUCCACCUCGCCCUGCUGAGGCCCGCCCCUCGGCGCUCCCUCCUCCUCCUUCUC